AUGGGAGAGAUAAGGACGAUCACUGGGGGGCCAAUUGUUGAAGGAUCAUACAAGUCCCUAAGAAGGGUAGUUCAGAGCCAGGCGAAUAGCGUCCACGUCAAUCACCCAAUGGCAAAACAUCGCCACAUUGAGAAUGAUGACAUUGUCUUCUCCGAGCAAGAUGUGAAGGGGAUCAAGCAACCCCAUGAUGAUCCCCUAGUCAUUAUGCUAACCAUUAAAGGGUGCAAUACCCGAAGGGUGUUGGCAGAUGUAAUGUGCAUGACGGCUUUCCAACAGAUAAAGUUGGAUCCAAAGCGCCUCAAGCCUUUUGGAUCUCCGUUAGUCAGCUUCACCGCAAAUCGCGUUUAUCUGAAAGGCAUAAUUUCACUACAGAUUACAGCAGGAACCUACCCUACUCAAGUGAUGAGGAUGAUAGAUUUCUUGAUCGUCAACUGCCCUUCAUCUUACAAUGUGAUUCUUGGGCAACCAACCCUUAAUCGCCUAAAAGCAGUAACUUCCACAUAUUGCCUGAAAGUGAAAUUCCCAACCCCCCACGGGACUGGAGAAAUCGUUGGGGACCAACUUUUGGCUCGAGAAUGUUACCAAGUAGUCCUGGCAUCAAGGGAAAAUCACCCUUGGAUGGUAGAAGAAGAACCACCCAAACCUAUGGAAGAGGCAGAAAAUGUAGUGCUAAUAGAAGGAGACCCGUCCAAAACCACCAAGGUAGGACUUCAACAGACUUUGAAGGAUGAAUUGGUGAAGUUCUUGAAAAAUAACUUAGAUGUCUUUGCAUAG